AAAAUAGAGCUGGUCCUGCUGAUUUUUCGAGCAAUGGAACACAGCAAUUAUUCCUCUAACAGGAAGAAAACAGCACAACAGAGAGCCACAUUAUGUUCCAGAAAGCCAUAACCAAAUUAAGCUUCCCCUGCAAAAGAGUUCCUCUUCCAUGGAGCUCUCCUCCUCUUCCCCCCUUCCCCGCCAUUAGCCUCAAUGCCCUCCUCAUAGAACUCAUACCCCUUCUCUCUUAUUCCUCUCUGGCUGGUCUGGUGUUUCGGCUUUUCGGGUGUUCUAAGUUCGGUCGAACAACAUGAGCUUGAACUGCCUCACCUGCCAGUGCCUGCAGAGGACCGAUUCCAAUGGCGAUUACCGAUCUGUCAAGGAGAAUUGCCACAGCGUCUGCUGCCUCAGGGCUGAGCGGAACUGGUCGGGCCCGCUGCUGCAUCCGUCCUAUGAGCCGAUCCUGGAUAACAGUGGGCCCAUCAACGGAGUUGCCAAGAAGAGGCAGAAGGCCCUCCGGAGGCUCAGCACUGGCGCCGUGACCUUUGGUGGGAGCGACUUGGGGGUGGGCACAGGUGAUUUGGGUUCCCGGCAGCCAAAGUUGAUCCGGAGUGGCGGGAUGAGACGGGACUGGAGCUUCGAGGACUUGCAACAGAUGCGAAGGGAAGGGAAGAGAAAAGAGAGGCGCCAGCCAUGAUUAGCCCGAAUGGACAUAUUACCAACAUCAUAGGAUGACUCCCUUCCCAGGACUGAAGGGCAAAAAAAUGGAAAAAUAAAAUAAGAACGCAUCAUCCCUUCCCCAUUGCUUGUAUCCAGAACUCAAUUUUCUCUUUCGUUUCGAUAUCUGUAGUUUCUUUGUAUCCUUGAUCAUAUGCGCUAAGUCGAGUCGAAGUCUGAUCGAUCGGUCCAGCACGACAGACUUCCGUGUUUCCCCCCGGUGUUUGUACAAUAUAUAUAAUAUAUAUUUAUAUUGUUUUUACGGUUCAUUCGUCACAAUAUGAUCUCUUUUUAUCUA